AUGAGUCGCAAAAAGAUGAUUAGGAAACCAGCCGCUUCCCGUAGUAGGAAUAUGACUUACCCUUUUGAUUGUGUGCAGAUGGCUAAUCGCGGGACAGGUGAUGAUGGACGAGGUCGGAUAUGGGGAGAGGGUAUGGAUUGGACAUGCGGAGGAUUGGGUUACAGAUCAGAUCAGGAGGAUGGAAAUGGCAUCAGUGAGAUGUUUGGACACGAUAGGACCCCUCUGCAGAGAACAAGAUCUUUUCCUGUGUACGGUAACAGGACUAGAGUGAGGGAAGACAGUUUGGCGAGUAUUGGCCCAAGUCGUAAUUGGGACCGGAGACAUCAACAUGAUCAAUCCGUUCAAUCACACCCAAGGCCAGAUCAGAACCGUGCCACUGAAGGACCACAAGAUCAAGGAGCGGAAAACACCUUGAAGCUUUUACAUGACGUGAUGACCGAGGCACUUGGUAACCAAGGCAGGCGUACUCAACCCCCUGAAGUUUCCAAGCUAUUAUCUACCAUGAAGAACAUUGGAUCCUACAAGUUCAAAGGAGGAUCCGAUCCUAUUGAAGCCGGCAAGUGGAUUACUAUGAUGGAGAAGAACUUUGAGGCUAUGGAGUGUCCGGAGGAGUAUCAGAAGAAGAUCGCGGUGUACUAUUUGGAAGGCGACGCAACAGGAUGGUGGGACAGUAUAGACAGGCAGCGUGGACACACCAUCACAUCAUGGGAAUCGUUCAAGGGAGAGUUUGAGAGGAAAUAUUUUCCUCCAGAAGCAAAGCAUCGGUUGGAGCGCCAAUUCAUGAACCUUGUUCAAGGAGAUAGGCCAGUGAGGAGUUACGAAUCUGAGUUCACAAGGUUGAGGCGACAUGUUUUUGAUGGGCGUGAAGAUGAAGCAACUAUGAUCCGUAACUUUAUGUACGGAUUGAAGCCGGAGCUUGGAAGUCGUUUAGCUGGAAGCAACUUUAGCAGCUUAUCGGAUCUGGUAGAAAAGGCUGUUAAUGUUGAGACUGUAUUGGAGGCUGAAAGGAAGACCUUACCACAUUCUGGUGGACACACCAAGUUUAGCCAAGGAGAAAGGCCAAAUUUCAACAAGGGUCCAAGAUCUUACAAAGGAAAAGGGCGAGGACUUGGAGGCCAAGCCAACAAUCGUGGUAACACUGGGGUAUGUUACACAUGUGAUCAGCCGGGACAUAUUUCGAGGUUUUGUCCCAAAAAUCAGCGGAAUAACCCAUGGAGUAACCAGCAGGGUUAUUCAUCGCUGAGGAUGGAAGAUGUUACUUGUUUCUUCUGUGGAAGGAAGGGCCAUUAUGCAUCGUCAUGUCCAAACAAGCCAAUCCCUGCGACCCCUCUCGCGAUCCGAGCUCCUCCUAGCCGUCCAGCUAUUGAGCCAGCACCAAAGAAACAAAACCUAGGAGGUAGAGUUUAUGCCUUAGGGGUAGAAAACCCAGACAAUGCAGGACCGUCAAGCGGUCCCAUCACAGGAACCAUACAUGUUGCUGGUAAACCCACACAUGUAUUGUUCGACUCGGGGGCAACACAUAGUUUUGUGACCCCUGAAGUAGCUGCCCGGUUUUGGGAUUGUUUUGUGGUUGACAGGAUAAACGUGGCCGUCUUGACCCCCGCAGACCGAACCCUUCAAGCAGAUCAGUGUAUCAAGAAUGUUCCAUUGGUCAUUCAAGGCAAAGAGUUUGUGGCAGAUUUGUUAGUCGUGCCUUUGAAAGGGUACGAAGUAAUCCUUGGAAUGGAUUGGUUAUCGGGCUACAGAGUUCAGAUCGACUGUGGAAAGGGAAGGUUGUUGUUUGGCAGAGGCAAACGACCAGAGAUGGUGUACUAUGGAAUCAGUCCUAGUAUGACCGUGUCUUUGGUAGCAGCAAUGAGAGUACAAGAUUUGUUUCAAGAUGGGGAAGUAUAUUUGGUGACCUUAUCGGUUAGUGGAGGAGCCACUAAUGAUGAAGUUAAGGUCGAAGACAUAGAAGUGGUCCAAGAGUUCGAGGAUAUCUUUGCACCACUAAAGGAAUUACCUCCACCUCGGAAUCUAUUGGAAAAGGGAUUAAUUCGGUCGAGCUCUUCACCUUGGGGAGCUCCUGUGCUAUUUGUGAAGAAAAAGGACGGAAGCAUGAGGUUGUGUAUCGAUUAUCGUGGUAUCAACAACAUCACGAUAAAAGAUAAGUAUCCUCUUCCGAGGAUAGACGAGUUGUUAGACCAACUAAAGGGAGCUAGUUGGUUUUCGAAGAUUGAUUUGGCAUCAGGGUAUCACCAAAUUCCUAUUGCCAAGUCAGACAUUAUGAAGACGGCGUUUCGGACGAGGUAUGGGCAGUACGAGUUUGUAGUUAUGCCCUUUGGUCUCACGAACGCACCUGCGGCUUUCAUGCGUUUGAUGAAUGAAGUGUUUCACGACUAUCUCGACAAGUUCGUGAUCAUUUUCAUUGAUGACAUCCUGGUGUACUCGAGAAGUAAGGAGGAGCACAAAGAGCAUCUGAGACUGGUUAUGGAAAGGUUACGGAAUCAGAAGCUAUUUGCCAAGUUCAGCAAGUGCUCGUUUUGGAAGAGAGAGAUAGGAUUUCUGGGUCACAUAGUAUCAGGAGAGGGCGUUGCUGCUGAUCCAGAAAAGGUCCAAGCCAUACGGGAAUGGCCUCGACCUACCACUGUGACGGAAGUAAGGAGUUUUCUCGGACUUGCGGGCUAUUAUCGGAAGUUUGUUAAGGACUUUUCCUCCAUUGCAAAGCCUUUAACUAAACUUACCGGUAAAGGAGUUCCUUUCUUAUGGGUGGAAGAAACCGAGAAGGCUUUCAAGAAGUUGAAGGAAGCUCUCACGACCGCACCUGUGUUAGCUUUGCCCGAGCAAGGUAAACCUUACACGGUUUACACGGAUGCUUCACGAGUUGGGUUAGGUUGUGUUCUUAUGCAAGAUGGGCGAGUCAUCGCGUAUGCCUCACGACAACUACGGAAGCAUGAGGAUAACUACAGUACACAUGACUUGGAGUUAGCGGCUGUAGUGUUCGCUUUGCGAAUUUGGAGAUCUUACUUGUAUGGAGAAGAAGUAGAGGUAUACACGGACCAUCAAAGUCUUAAAUACCUCUUCACUCAGCCAGAUCUCAACCUGCGCCAGCGUAGGUGGAUGGAGUUUGUGGCAGACUACGAUAUAAGGAUUCGCUACCAUCCUGGUAAAGCGAAUGUUGUUGCGGACGCCUUAAGUCGAAGAAAGUUGGACGCAGAUUUGGAGAAAGAAGUGGAGCUAUUGAACCAAGAGUUGAAACAAGUGAAGUUGGUCGUUUUGGAAGGGCAAGCGAGCGAGCCAUUGGGACUUCAAGCGGUGAAUCAGGCCAGCUUGAUUCAGAGAAUUCGAGAAGAACAAAUUAAGGAUGAGAAGCUACUGAAGAUUGCUGAAGAACUCAAAGGACAAGCCGGGCCAAAUAAUGCUGGAUACUACUUGGCGGAGGAUGGAACCUUGCUAAUUAAUGGGAGGAUCACGGUUCCUAAAGGACAAGGGCUGAGAGAUGAGAUACUAAGGAUUGCACACCAUUCUUUACUUAGUAUCCAUCCUGGAAGUUCAAAAUGUACCGAGACAUAA